AUGAAGCUGCGGGACGUCAGCGAGGUGGACGGGACGACGCGGUUGGCGUUGAAGAUUACGGGGAGGAACGAUAAGGUGCUGUUGCUGAGUUUUACGAAUAGUGCGCCGGCGUUUGAUUGCUUAGCGACGAGUUGGAAGCUGGUCCGCGCGGAUGCCGACGUGCGAAUCGCCACCGGUCCGGGAUUGCAUCGGAAGAAGAAGUCCGGCGGCGCCGAGGCGAAGAAUUUGAUAGAGUACGGCAAGGACUUGUUUGAGGAGUAUAAAGAGACGAUGGAGAUCAAGGCGAGGAGUUUCGUAGAGGAGGCGAGUAAACUUGGGGCUAAACCGCGGCCGACGCCGAAAAUGCCGAUGGUCGAUGUCGAGGAUGAGGUGUCGAGGGCGCUGUUUAUUCGCUUGGUCCGGGCGACGAAUGUCGUGGCGAUGGAUUCGGGUGGGACGUCGGACCCGUUCGCGUCGGUGCGCUACCGUGGGCUCGAGUCGACGUCAAAAACGAUCUGGAAAACGCUCGACCCGGAAUGGGAUGAGGUGUUCACGUUCAGAGUACCCCCCAACAAGACGACGUUGGACGAAACAGAUUUCGUAGAGAUGCACAUCUUUGAUCGAGACGUCGCGCUCCAUGAUUUCAUAGGUUAUGUUAAACUCGAUCUCACCGGUACGCGCGUGUACAGCUCAAAGCGCACGAAGAUGACUCUCGAGUUGAAAAAUCUUCCCGCCGACCAGCAGCCAGACUUUUUCGACGUCAAUCACUUGAAGGAGAAGCUCAUGUUUUGGGAGGGUGAGCGCCAAAUCACGGGUACGGUGGAGAUUGAAUACUGGCUCGGGAAUCGUCACGACGCGGACUACAGGAUUGCGGGUGUGCCGUUAUUGAGAAAACCUGAUCCACGAGCCGGGGAAGCGAUGAAUCACUUCUGCGAUCCGGUAUCGGCACUUUUGCGCGUCGAGGUGAAGUGUGGCAGAAACAUAAUCAACCUAGACGACGACGACGGAAGCGAUCCAUACGUUGAAGUGGCUGUAGUUCAGCCAGAUGGGACAGAGGAGAAACAUCAAACACACUACAUCGACGACGCGACCGAUCCCGAAUGGAACAGCACCUUCAACUUUAUCGCCGCAAAGCCGUACAAGGCAGAUUUAGUAUUUCGCAUGUACGAUUACGAUGGCGUGACAAGUUAUGACGAUUUGAUCGGCAUGGUACGCAUACCGAUCAGUGAACUACAAACGCACAAAGGAAUCACAAAGUUUCCAGACUCGCAGUGGUACACCCUGCUCGACGCUGAGGGCAAAGACUGCGACAAGGAAGGCACAAAGUACGGCGAUAUUGAAAUCAGGGCCUACCUCGACGAAGAAUAUUUCGAGCACUUGCACGGUGGUAACACAAGUAAGGCCGUAGGUAAGCUUACAUUGGACGUUUUGGAGGCAAAAGACUUAGAAGGCGCGCCGGACACGUACGUCAUGGUCAAAACCGGGCCAUAUUGGUCGAGAUUAUCCGAUCAAAAGGCGCAAAGCAAUCCGCAGUGGAACGUGCGUUUGAGAUACCCAAUCAUAGAACCGAGCGAACCGGUGACGGUCGGGGUGUUCAAUUUAUCUGAUGGCUCUAUGAUUGGAAAGAUAAGAUGUGUUCUCUCUGGUUUAGACGAUGGUUUGCGCUACGAGGAUGAUUUUCCGCUCAAGACGGUGAACAGGAGCGGUGUCGUCGUGACGAAUGGCACGCUGCGCUGUUCGUUUACGUUCAAGCACAAAUCGACUGCAUCUUUCGCGAGUCGUUACAUGCAGCCAGUACUUCCCGAUAAGUGGUAUAUACAGCCGCUUUCGGAUACCGAACGACGGCGCAUGCUCAGGGCGCAUUCCAUGAUGAUGAUGAAGCGACUUUACAACUCGAAUCCAUCCAUCCCGGAAGUUGUCUCCAAGGAACUCCUCGACUUUUCCAAGCAAGAUGUCAGCAUCAAGAGUAUCAAGAGCUCAAUCGCACGGAUGGAGCGCGUCGUAACGAAUUUGACAUCGAUCGGCGAUAAUCUUUCGUACGCGCUGAGCUGGGAGUCUAUCCCGCUCACUAUUUUCGUGCAACUGGUCAUGGUGUACGUCAUUCAUCAUCCGCACAUGUUCUUUCCCAUGUUCUUCUUGAGCAUCGCGUUCCAGUCGCUGAUGCGGUUUCCAUCGCGUUACCAGCGCACGCUCGACCGCUGCGUACCUGACGAUUGGCUCACCGUCGGCUUGGCGUUUCCACCGGAUUCCGAAGAAGAGCUCGAGAAGAAGAAAGCGAGCGAAGCCGAGGCAAAGAAAAAACUUGAAGAGGCGAAGAAACUCGCGUUGGAGGAAGAAAAGCGUAAGGAAGCGGAAAAGAAAGAAGAAGAGAAGGAAUCUGAAAUUCAGAAGCCUCGCGAAGUGUUUUCGUUCGAAAGCCUAAAUCCGCUCGCGGCGUUGCAGCGCCAAAUGGAUGAAAUCACACAGAUGAUUACUGACGCCCAAGUCGUUUUGGAUGACGCCGCCGGUAUUCUCGAGCGCGUCGUGGGCAUACUAGACUGGGACGAGCCUCGCGUGACCGCGUGCGUCGUCGUCGGUCUUUUCCUCAUCGCUUGGGCUUUCAUCUUCAUCGACGCCGUCAUUCGAUUCAUAACAACCGUCGUCGUCGGCGUCUUCGUCAAAACAUUCUUCACCAUCUUCUCCCCGGUCGCCAUCAAAUGGGGCGUUUCAUUCGCCACCCUCUUCGCUCUACGCCAUCCCGCAAUCUUACCCGACGCCGCCACCGCCGCGAUCGAGGAAGAAAAGCGUCUUCGCCGCGCCGCCGCCCAAGCCGCCGCCCAAGCCUCCAGCGCCGGCGCCAAGGUCGAGAGCAAGGACAAGGCCGAAAUCUUCGAGCCCAAAUCCGCGGUUUUCGACCCGAGGCCGCUCGCUCCAGUGAACGUCUUCUACCGAAUUCCGACCCAGGCCACGCGCGUGUUGUAA